CCCCUGCCUGCUCCUAAGACCAGUACCCACACUGAUACCCACACCACUUGGUGGAGCCCAUCUCGGCGUACACAUCACAGCACUCCACCUGCGACUGUGGGAGGAAGAAGCCUGCAGGUCAAAGAAGCAGAAGUACCUCCCUGCACCACUCCUCCCCACCCCACACCCCUAACACUCACCAGGCACAGCAUAUACCAGGCUGUAAGCCUUGCAGCUUCUAAAGCCUCUCUGGCCUUCAAGCACCAAAACCACAUGCUGCCUUGUAGCCAACCAUGGCAUCUACCCUGGAGAAAUUCAUUCAUUCUCUGGACCCCAGAACCCUUCCAAGGGUCCUCCAAAUUCAGUCAGGCAUCUAUUUUGAAGGUUCCAUCUAUGAAAUGUUUGGAAAUGAAUGCUGCCUGUCAACAGGAGAAGUGAUUAAAGUUAUUGGCUUCAAAAUUAAUAAGCUCAUAGCAAGUGUUUGUGAGAAUAAUGAAGACAGCCAGUUUUCUGCCAAAGUGGAAUUACCACUAAGUUUUCCUGGUCUUUAUAAGAUUGUGGCAGACAAAACACCAUAUGUCAGCGUUGAAGAAAUUACAAGAAAAGUUGCUAUUGGGCCAACGAGAUUUGGCCAUCCGUGUUUCUACAGCCCUGAGGAUAUAAAACUGGCAAACCUCACUAUCAAACAGGGUGAGCAGAUCACCUUCAAUUCUGUGGAAGAGAUCAAUGGAACAAUGGCUGUGAGCUGUGUUAUGGUCAGAAACAACCGGUCUCAUACCUUUAUUUUGCCCCUAUCACAAAAAGGAAAAUUCUACGAGUGUGAAGAUGACCAGAUAUACACCCUAAAAGAGAUUGCAGAAUGGAAAAUCCCUAAGUGCAGAAGCCGGAUUGUCAAACUUUCCAACACUUUACAUAUGUGGAACUCCUCUAAUCCACUUCCUGAGAAUUUUGGUGGCUACUUGGUUCUCAUGCCUGUCUAUGAAGUGCAGGCAGUAAUGAAAUUUCGUAAGGACAUAGUUCAUAUCCUCUCUGAUCUAGAUGUCGAGGUCAAGGAUAUAACAGACUGUUACGAUGCUUCCUCUUUCCUUCAGCCACUGUCUUUGGAAGAUGUAUUCGAGAGAACAAGCAAGGAAUUUCCCAUGAUUGCUGAGAUAAUGGACGGACUUUUAGGAAGCCAGAAACCUUAUAACUUAUUGCAUACAGGGAAAGAGAUUGUCAUCUAUAAAAAGUACCAGGCUACAAGAAUUAUAGCCUCUGAGAUCAGAAGUGAUUCCUCCAAAAGACAUUUUUUAAUUCCUAUGACCUAUAAAGGAAAGUUCAAGAGAAGACCUCGGGAGUUUCCAACUGCCUAUGACUUAGAGAUAGCGAGAAGUGAAAGGGAACAGCUUCAUGUUGUAGCAACUAAAGCCUUUGAUUCUCCUCAUACAGAGCUUUUUUCAGUUUCAGUUGGAGAUCAGUUUCUAGUUCGGCAGUGUCAGACUAGUGAAGUUCUUUAUGAAGGAAGAAAGAAAGUCAUAGAUGUUUUAGCUUGUGAACAAAUACUAAGUAAUGCAUACAAGAAAGUUCUUCUCCCUAUGUACAUGGAAGGUGGCUUUGUGGAAGUGAUUCAUGACAAGAAGCAGUACCAGCUUUCUGAGAUUUGCGAAGAAUUUCGUUUGCCGUUUAAUGUCAAAGUGUCUGUGAGGGAUCUUUCCAUGAAAGAGGAUGUCUUGGCUGCUGUGCCUGGUCUGCAGCUUGAAGAAGAAAUCACAGACUCUUAUUUGCUGAUCAGUAGUGCCAGCAGUCCAAUAGAGAGCUGGGAAAUUCCUGUGUAUCGCUUAAACAUGUUGGUUCAUUUACUCAGCAAAGAUGUCCAGACAGUUGUACCUCCCAUGACUAGGACAACAGUGGAAGAGAUCAGUGAAGAGCAAUACUAUAUGGUACGAAGAUACGAAAACCAAACUGUACUUCCACCCCCUCGACCUCCCAAAAAGCCAGCAACACUUGUGCAACAACCUGUUUUUGCAGUUUCUGAGCAAGAUGUAUCUGAUGUACUACAGGCUCCAAAGAAUUUCUGUGUAGACACCAAGAAGAAAUUGUGCUCAAAUCAAGAUGCUGAUGUUUUGGUUAAUUGCCAAAAUGAUUUGGUGCAUCAUGACAAUGAGAAGGAUGUGACUGGGAAAGCUACAUUAGUGGAAAACCGUGUGAUUAAAGGUCUAACAAAUAAGCCACUUGGAAAGUGUGAAGCUGAAAAGGAACAGAAAGAAGAGCACGACUAUGAAUAUGUGGAUGAAAACAUAGUUGAAUACAUAAGGAAAGCAUUUGAAGGUGGCACAUUCUGCCAGUUGUAUUCUGGGCUGCAUCAGAAGAAGCAUGGUCAGCAGGAUGAGGGAGGUGAUCCUGCCUCUCUGCUCUGCUCUGAUGAGACCUCGCCUGGAGUACUGCAUCCAGAUGUGGAAUCCUCAGUACAGAAGAGACACAGAUCGGUUGGAGUGCAUCCAGAGGAGGGCCACAAAAAUGAUCCAAGGGAUGGAACAACUCUCCUACGAGGACAGGCUGAGAGAGCUGGGGCUGUUCGGCCAGGAGAAGAAAAGGCUCUGAAAAGACCUGAAAAUAGCCUUUCAGGAUCAAAAGGGGGGCUGUAAAAAAGAAGGGGUCAGACUCUUUAGCAGGGUCUGUUGUUAUAGGACAAGGGGAAAUGGUUUCAAACUAAAAGAGGGGAUAUUU